AUGUCAGACCGAACAGAGGUGAUCUCGUUAUGCAUUCGACUCGCUGCAGCUGCAGCUAUAUCCUUCCUAACUGUUCGUUAUAUGGUGAAACUUCUUGAUCCACAUCAUGCGUCUCGUGAGGAGAACCGAAAGCGAGUAGAGCAACUUUUUCGAGAAUUAGGGAUUCGUGAGAAGCUUGUGCUAAAUGAACACGAAUUGCGAAUCGCAACGCAGUUUGUCGGCGGGAAAGAUUCUGGUGCUGAAUGGAGUGAUAUUGGAGGAUGUGAUGAACUAAUCGCAGAUUUGAAAGAUCGGAUCAUCCUGCCUCUGCAAAUAGCUAAUGAAGCAGAUUGUCCACUGCUCAGUCCACCAAAAGGAAUUCUUCUUUACGGUCCACCUGGAUGUGGUAAAACAUUGGUAGCAAAAGCCGUAGCCCGCGCUGCUGGUUGCAGAUUCAUCAAUUUACAAGUGUCCAGUCUCACAGAUAAGUGGUACGGUGAAUCGCAAAAACUGGCAGCGGCAGUAUUUUCAGUAGCUCAGAAGUUCCAACCUACCAUUAUUUUCAUUGAUGAAAUCGACUCUUUUCUUCGCGAUCGCCAAUCCUAUGACCAUGAAGCUACUGCAAUGAUGAAAGCACAGUUUAUGACGUUAUGGGAUGGCUUUGCCUCCACCAAUGAUAAGAUAAUUGUCAUGGGUGCCACAAAUCGACCUCAAGAUGUAGAUCCUGCGAUUCUACGUCGAAUGUCUGCUCGAUUUGCUAUACCAGUUCCCAAUGAACAGCAAAGAGAAGAAAUUCUUAAGGUUAUUCUACGCAACGAAACCGUUUCUGAAUCUGUCGACCUGAAAAGGAUUGCUUUAAUGGCGAAUGGACUGUCGGGAUCUGAUCUUAAAGAAGUAUGUCGUCUUGCAGUGCUGUCACGAGCGAAAGCAACACUAGAACAUGGGGGAAGCUUGAAAAACAGACAACCAAUUGAAGCAGAAGAUUUGGAUUUCGCAUUGAAGAAGUACUCCAAGGUAUCUCAACAAAUGACCGAGUAUAGUCUGGACUAA